GUUUAGAAAAUCAACAUGGCGCGUCUGCGUUUCCCUGGACGGCCUGGCUAUCGAUUUGAUAGAAUUGGAGUUAGAUAUGGUGCUGAUGAAGCAAGACAAACUACAGAUCCAACAUUAGCUAUUGUUGCCAGCAUUCAUAAAGGAUUACAGAGGUUCAGGGAUCUGUUUGGUGAUUCAGACGAGGAUGAUAUUGAAUUUGAAGGUUUUACCUCCAAUGAAAUAAGAGUAGCAGAACAAAGUCUCCAGCAUGCAAUUAAAAAGGAGAAGGAAUAUUUAGAACAACAGGCAGAAGAGCAGAAAGUUCGGUUUGAGCGUUCUAGGGCAACACUGGUCAGCCUAGCUGCAUCAGGGGUUGAGCUGCCUAAACCAGCUUUUUCUAAAUUCAAGAAAACAUACAAAGCAAUUGUUGAUACUGGACUUGUUGUGGACUCGAGUGCUAAGUUAAAACCAACUUUACUACAAGAAGUGACAGCAGUGAAACAGUUAUUCCAUAAACAAAACGGUGAAACAACCCAUCCUAAUAAGCCAAGCGAAACACAUGUCAAGUUAAAGAAACCAGAUGAGCCUACUGUAUUCCGUAGCCCAGUAGGCAGACCAAGGAAAUUCAACAAACCAUCAAAUGAGUUCACAAAUGGAUUUGAAAACAUUCAUGGGGCCCCCUAUGUAUUCGGGACUAAGCCAGUGUCAAAAUAUGCAUCGGCGGCUAAACAGAUCCUGGCUCGUGCUACCAAAAAACUCUUACAAGUGCCUACUCACAAAGUUGGGAAGUUUGUACUUCCCACAGUAAGCUCGAGGUCCUCUAGAGUCAUUAAACCCAACAAAAGAUUCCUAGAGGAUGACAGUAUUAAUGAACUAGUUACCAAACAACCCAAGCUAAGCCCUACCAUGCCAACCCCACCGUCCACAUCCCUUUUUGGAAUGGGUAUCAGCGAGACAAAUACUUUUUCUCCAUUCCAGUCACAUGGGCUUACCCUUUCUCCUUUCAACAUGAACCGGGAGAAAGGCUUCCCAGCAUUUUCUGCUGCUCCCCAGCCUAGCGGAACCUCCAGCUUUACAGAUGGGCUGGCAAACCAAAAACCUUUAGGGUCGCUUGACCAGCCCCUGAUUGUAGAGGGCAAGCGUCCUCGUAAGCCAAGCUUAAUCAUGAGGAUGAAACUAGUUGAAGACGAUCCCGAGGAUGAAAUCAGACUUCAGCAACAACUCUCAGAUGCUAUCACACCAGCCAAAUCAAUUGUAGACAAAAUAAAACCUGAACCAGUACCUCCUUUGGACCCGACUACAAGUUACAGCAGUCGGGUAACUAAGAGCUUAAUUGCCCCUGCCAAGUUGUUCACAGACCCCACAUCGCUGACUAAGUCUUUCAGGCACAAACUGGGGGUACCACAGCCAUCCAAAAACACUGUUGUGAUUCGCCAACCAAAACUUCAGCUUAACAGGACUGCCCUGAACCGUUCCAAGGCUGCCUUAGCAAGGUCCCUUAAAGCUCAGUUGAAAAGGGAGGCUAAAUUAGAGAGAAAGAAAAGAAACUCUGAGACCAAAUUAGGAGUGUUAUCUUCAGCCCAUUCCCCUAGCUCAACAUUAAAUCAGCUCUCGCCGUUCUCUAAAUUGGUUGGUGACUCUGCCAUAGAAAAACAAAAAUCUGGAUUAUUUGAGGGUAUAGAAGGAGGGUCAUUUUCUCCUGGAAGCUUUACUAGUCCACCUGCAACUCCAAGCACCUUACAGAAACCAAACUGUGAAGAAAAGUUUGAAGAUUAUCAUGCAUCCACCAUCAAUGACAAAGACCUGCUUAAACCCUAUAUUGGUGGGACAAAGUCCAGAUGUGUAGUCUGCUCUGAUGUGUGUUUUGUGAAGAAGAAUCGCAAACUACCAGUUGUACCAUUUUGUAAACGUUGUCGGAGUAACUAUUUCUUAAAGAAUUUGAUCACUCAAAGUAAGAUGACCAUAUGUCGAAAAGGAGGUCGCUGUGUAAUACACUACAUGGAAAGGAAUUGCCCAGACUGUAGGUUUAUGAAGUUCAGGGCUGUUGUCUUUAAGUGCAAACAGCUAGGCUUAGUCAAAGAGAAAUUUCUUUACUAUGGGGAUAAGCCUUCUCAACCCAGUCAAAAAGAAACUCAUGCUGUGGAUCAGAAGGAUGAAAUUAAGCUGGAGCCAGUGACACCUUCAAAGAAACAAAGACACAAAAGUGAAGAAAUUGUGCCAUCAGAGAAACGCAGGAGACAUAAAAGUUCAGAAGUCUCCUCCACCAGUGCCUCUACCCCCGUGAGACAGAAGCACAAAAGUGGAGACAAAAUGCCUGACUCGAGUCUCAGGAGACCUUCCAAAACAUUCAGCCAGAGUAAAGAGUUUAUAAAUGCCAACAACCUUGAUCAGCCCCUAUCUGUAGAUGUUGGCCAAGAUGCUGAACCACUAAGUCUUUCACCCCCACAAACCAUUUCCUCCACAAAAUCAUCCCCCGGUAAAGGCUCAAAGAAAACUGGUGCAGGUCACAAUGACAGUGAUAGAGCCUCUGACGAUGAUGAUGACGACGACAAAGAAGGCAACCGGCCGAGGGGCGUUUCCAGAGGUCCACGUAUCAAGCAUGUAUGUAGAAGGGCAGCAAUGGUGUUCCCACAACAGAGAGCUACAUUCCCUGAGGAGCCUCCAGCAAGAAAAACUUUGACCCUUAGUGCACUUCCUAAUGAGGAGAAGCAGCAGUUAUGGGCUAAAAGUAAACAAGAAGUAGUUGAGGAUUCCUCAAGUGAAGAGAGUAAUGAUGGCAAGCCUGUGAUUAGACCACCCGUUGUCAAAUCACCAGAAAAAAAACUUGCGUCUCCUAGAGAUGAAAAGACAGAUAUAAAAAAAGAGACAAAAUCAUCUGGCAACUUUAAGGAAACGGACACACAAGUUCAAGGGCCUUGCAAGUCAUCUAAGUUGUUAUCUUUAGCACGAAAAGUGAGGAAACGAAGCCAUCAUUUGGAUUUCAAAAGUAAAAUAAAAAAAAUUAGGAGAAUUCGAUGCCGUGAAUGUAAGGGCUGCAAAACACCAGAAUGUGGCGUUUGCUACUUUUGCAGAGACAAGCCAAAAUUUGGAGGGCGUGGCAAGAUGAGGAAAGGCUGCAUUCAUUCAGUUUGUCUGUACCCCAAAAUACCAAGAAGAGCCAUAGAUGCAUUCAUAGAGCCCAAAAGUCCAGUGAAAACAUAUCGCAGGGAUGAUGAUGACAACAGUGGUGAUUAUCGUCCUACUGGUCAAAGCUCAUCAGUCAUUGGUUCAGGUGGGCCCACCACCAGGUUUCAGGAGAAGAAGUCAAACAGCCACAGGAAAGUAGAUGGAGGUGGAGAAGGUGCCAAAGAUGCAAUAGAGAAUUCAGGUAAUGAAGAUGUUUCUGGCAUGACAAACAAAGAAAUGAAAGAACAGAAUUACCGUGGUCUAGAUAUGGAUGGUUCAGCAAUAACAAAGAGAAAGUACACAAAAUCUAAAAAUGGCCCAGCAGUAGAGGCAACCAUCCAGAUGGCACUGACAGAAGUCAGGAACCCAUUCAUGAACAGACUUGGGGAACCUUAUCACAGCAAAAUUGGAUUUAAGAGAAAAGAAAAAAUGGCUCUGUCACAGAAGCAAACAUGGUCAGACCUGAAACCUAUUGAGAAUGAAACAGCUUAUUGUUUUGAUGUUCCUCUCAAAACACAUUUGAUAAAGGCUGACUACAAGGAAAACUAUGAUAUCGACACAGCCUGGUCUCAUGGAUUUGCACUGACCAUGACUGGACCAAGCUGCAUCAGAACAUUGUGUUAUUUGUGUGGCUCAUCUGGAAAACAAGAGUUGAUCUUCUGUAUAGUGUGUUGCCAGUCCUACCACAGCUUCUGUCUUGAAGAAGAGGAGAGACCAGAGGAGUCAGACAGUGAAGAUGGAGAGGACAACCUCUCUGAUGACAACCACAACAUUGGUGUUCGCAGCAGCAUCAUGUCCUGGUGUUGUCGUAAAUGCCAGUUUUGCCACGUUUGUGGGCAGCAAAAUGGGUUACUUAAGUGCCACCGGUGCAAAGAUACUUACCACCCAGAGUGUUUGGGUCCAAAUUACCCAACACGCCCCUCAAAGAAAAACAUUUGGGUCUGUACCAAAUGUGUACGCUGCAAAAGCUGUGGAGCAACAACACCAGGGGUUGGUACUAAUGCCACCUGGACAUACGACUUUUCUCUUUGUUAUGAAUGUGGAAAGCUCAUGGACAAAGGCAACUUCUGCCCGGUGUGCCACAAGUGUUAUUCUGAUGAUGACUGGGAGUCCAAGAUGGUCCAGUGUGCUAUUUGUGAGAGCUGGGUGCAUGCCAAGUGUGAGGAGUUAACUGAUGAAAUGUACCAGUUAGUUUCCUGUCUACCAGACGAAGUCCAGUUUACAUGCCGAGUCUGCUCGACAGAGAAGCCAGCAUACUGGGAAAAGGUGCUGAAAGUGGAGUUUUUCAAUGGCUUGUACAAUGUCUUGAAUGCUUUGAUGAGUUCUAAGUGUGCUCAAAUGCUGCUAGAAGCUGGGCCUCCAAGGGAGACCAAGAAAUGUAAACAACUCAAGGAAAAGAAUUCAGAUGAUUCCCAGAUUUCUUGCAGUGAAGAUGACAUUUCAGCCAAUGAAAUGACUCCUUCUAAACAUGUUUGUGAUAGUUCAGCCAAUGAAAUGACUCCUUCUAAGAGUGCUUGUGAUAGUUCAGCCAAUGAAAUGACUCCUAAAAGUAUUUGUUGUUCUAGAAGUGGAGACAGUGGAGUAGAAGAAUCAGAUGGGCAAGUCACAGAUGGAUCAGUGGUCUCAUCGUCCUCUGUUAGAGGAAUUGAUGAGAAGAUCGUAGAAAAAUGUGACUGUGCCGCUGGGCUGACCAUUGGCAACAAAAACAAUCAGAGUUCCAGCAUUUGUGAACAGUCUUUCUGCGGCCGGGGCUCGGUGGUGAGCCACCUAAACAACAACCAAAUAUAUUCUGAUAUUUCUGUGAUACAGUCAGGAACACAGCCUGUGUGUGAAAAACAUGGUAGUGAAGCCAGUCCUGUGGCUGGUGCCUAUGGUCACAUUAACAACACUCAAGUCAUGGCGAAUAACAAAACCAGCGCCACACCGCAGCUCAACCACUGUGAUAGCGGACACGACACCACCCAGACACACGUGAAAGACGACACGCAGGGCCUACUGGCAGUGUUGGCGAACAAUUUGUGCAAUAACAAAAGUUGUAGUAGGAUGAACAUGACCAACAGCAUGCUACUCACUUCCACAUCGUUAAGAAAGGACUGUGAUGUGCUAGACAAACAAGCGCCCAGUGUAGACUCCCCGGAUAAAUGUACGCUGGAUAAAAACUCAAAGCCUUUUUUAGUGGAAACUAAUUUAGAUGCCAACAGUUCAAUGAUAUCACCUGUUUUGACGUCAACAGAGUUAAUACCAUAUACUGGAGUUUUGGGCAAUCAGUACCCAUUAGACAGACAAGUGAGUAUCUGGGAAACUCUGGACAGAAAUGGUGAACACCCCAGAGACUUUUAUGCCAUCAAAGAGAAAAUUGACUCUGGGAUAUACAAAUCUGUAGAAGAGUUCAGUGAAGAUAUGGUGCGAAUCAUUCAAGCUCUACUUUUUGAAAAUGAACAGUACCCCACUAGAAAGAAACAAGCAACAUCAGUCCGAUCUAUAUUUAUAAAGUUCAUGGACAGAUGCUUCCCUUGGUUCAAUGUCAACACAUGUAAACUAUGGGAACACAAUAGGCGCUUGCCAAUAGGAAUGUUAAAAGAUGCUGUGCUGCCUCCUACAAUAGACCACACCUAUGCCCAGUGGCUUGAAAGGAAAACCAUUCCUAUGUCACCCCAGCCAUCACCAUUUAAGAAAAUCUGUAGCCCACAAAGACAAAGUGAUACUAACUCUCAAAUAAGGAGAGCUGUUGGAGCAAUGGAACAUUUGCAGCAUAGUGAAGACACAAGAAUGUGUGUGCUGUGUUCUACUCUAGGGGAUGACCUGCCUGAUCAUGCUGGACGACUUUUGUAUUGUGGACAAGAUGAUUGGAUACACAUAAAUUGUGCUUUGUGGUCUGCUGAAGUUUUUGAAGCAGCAGAUGGGUCUCUACAGAACGUGAAUGAGGCUAUAAGCAGAGGCAAAAAAUUACGUUGUGACCUGUGCCAGCAAGCGGGAGCCACUGUUGGCUGCUGUGCCAUCAACUGCAAGUCCAACUACCACUUCAUGUGUGCUAGGGUCGACAGCUGUGUGUUCCAGGAAGAUCAGACCAUUUACUGCAAGCUCCAUACAUCCAGUGUCAACAUGGGGCUGGUGACAGAUGGCAACUUUGAAAUCUUGAGGAGAGUGUGUGUGGAUGUGGACAAAAUUAGGGCCAAGUCAGCCUGGGGGAAGCCAGUGAACCCUGCUACACUAAAUGUUAUCAUUGGCUCAUGUACAAUAGAAAGUUUGGGCAUCCUCAAGUCUUUUUUAUCUGACAAGGAAGACUGUCUUUAUCCUGUAGACUUUAGCUGUGCCAGAAUAUAUUGGAGCACACAAGAUACCAGAAGACGCUGUGUGUACACUUGCCGCAUUGUGGAAGUUAAGCCAGUUGAGCUGCCAGAGCUACACAUUCAAGACAUGAGGAUAAUCCAUGACCAAAAUCACCCAGAGUACCUUCCCCUGGAAAGUUUAAACCUUGAAAGUCUGGGUAUCCCAAACUUCAUGAAACCACUCAACAGGAACACUGCGCAGGUAGUGGCCCUGUCAGAGCUGACAGAUGACAUCAUUUACACAGGCACUGAUGAACCUGCUCUACCAAGUUAUAAUUCAUCCGACCUCUUAUGUCUUGGACAUUACUCCUCUUUUCAAGCUUCACAGGAUACCAUAUCCACUUUUGAACAUUCACAACUCUCUGGAUUAAACAGAGGUUCAUUCAUAAAGGAGCAAGCAAAAAAACUUGGCCCAAAACCUUUGGAUUUAUCUGGCCUAUCACCCAGCACCCUGGCCCUGCUAAGUAUCAAAGACCCAUGUCAUUAUAUCCCACCAGCCAAAUAUUCAAGAACAGACAAACCUUCCAUUCCCCCUGUGGAUGAAGAACUAGGCCUGGUCAAGAUAGCUGAGCGAUUAAACAGCGCUGCAUCAAGCAAGCAACGUCAGACUUGCGCUGAAAGGCCUGUGCUCAGAUCACCCCCGCUCAUCCGAACUUCAUUUGAACACUUUAAGUACACUCAACCACAUUUGGCUGGGAGUAAAUCUCUCUCGUCUUCACCUGUUGGUUUCAAAAGCCAGAGCAGACAAAGGUCUAAUAGUGAGGAGAGGUACACAAGCCCUUUGUCCCCACUGGCUUCUCCCUACGCUUGUGUCAAAGUAAACAUGGCGGCGUCCCCGCCCUUGUUGCCCCCGCGACAGCGAUGCACUAGAUCUGAGUCUCCGUUCACUGUAAUUAAAAGCCAGGACGCUUUCGGCAGAUCUGCGUCAUUGUCACCGUCAUUGUGUGGUAUGCCAGAUGUACAGUCAGACGCAUCAGGGGACUUGACUAGUGUUGGAACCCAGACCAUCACUGAGGUGAUUGAUGAAGAGGAUCCUAUCGGGGACGGUGUGGAGAAAGGAAACUUGGAAGAAGAUCCUAUUGUGAACAGUGGGGAGAAAGGAAACUUGGAAAUAUUUAGUGAUGGUGAUGAGGAACUGAGCGAAGAAAAAAUUCAGUCUAUUCUUGAAACUGUUCCAUCAGAGGUCCUUCAGGGUAGUGAUGUCAAGGUCGUUGUCCUGGCAACGGAUGAGGCAAAUCUCUCAGAGGAAGAAAUCAUGAAAAUUACCCUCUCUGUUAUUGGAGAAUCAGGGGAGGCUACUAGCAACAUUGAGGGGGAAGAAUCAGGGGAGGUAACCUCAAACAUGGAAGGUGUUGAAUCUGUUGAUUGUAAGGAUGAAGACGAGGCAAAUGAAAGCUGCCCUAGUCAGGAGGAUGAAGGCAUCAGCGGAGACGAUGAAUGCCAGAACAACACAGGUGGUGAGAGUAAUGAGGUGAGAACUGUUCCGGACAGAAGGUCAACGACCUCUAGCAGCCCUGGGAGUUCCUGUAACAGGGGUGGGACUGAGGACGGUAGCGGGGAUGAGGAUGAGAAGAAUCCUUGCAAGAACAGAGAGAAAAAAGUCUUGGCAGACUUCAGUGGUGAGGAGAAGAAAUCUGAAGAUGAAGCGGCGCAACAGGAGAAGAAAAAUGAAGAUGAAACUGAUGGGGAGGUGUCAUUAGAAGAUCCGUUGUUGAAUGAGGCGGAAGAUUCUAUCACCACAAUUACCAAGAACAGUGAGUCAGGUUUUGUUCCAGUAAAGAAAGUGAAUGAUGAAAAUGUUGUAGAUCUGACUGAAACACCUAGAGGUGAUAUAUCAGGUGAGACACAGUCACAGAGUGUAGAGACACUGGACAGAGAUGUAGAUGAAGAUUCUGAUGUCCAAAUCAUUGAUUUAUCAGACUCUGAGAAAGUUCAAAGGUCAGAGUCUGACCGUAACUCUGUUGCCUGUCAGCCGGAUGGUGUUAAAACAAGGGGCAGCGCCAAGACAGCGGUCACCCUGCCCCAUGGCGAACAUGCAGAUUCACCUGCCUCGCAUGAAAACUUACUUUGUGGCCAGGCAGAAACAGUGAAAAAAUCAGGCACGCAGGACACGACAGAUGAAGAGAGUGAUUUUCUACUGCUGGAUGACUUGAGCGUAAGUGAAACUAAUGAGGAAGGGAGUCCAAGGAACACAGUAGAGCCUCUCAGCCCUAAUAGUAAACCAGUAGUCACUGAACUUAAUCAGCUAACUGAAGGUGUUGAGGAAAGGGUUGGUAACUUGAGUAACAUAACAGAAACAGAGAUCGGCUCAAGCUCUGGUACCCCACAGCUCAAGGAAAGCUGUCAGCCUGCUGGCCCACCCUGCCAGAAGAAACUGCUGGUCAAUGUGAAAAGAAUGAGUGAAGAGGAGAUCAAAAUCCUGCUGUCUCCUGGAGGGUUGGAGAAACCUGGGGCUGAGGAGGUGCCCUGUGGGGGUGAUGUUCAUGAUAGGACAGACCUAGCUGUAGACAGCAGUGACAACAGGCUUGAUACAGCAUCCAGUGAGGUGAGAGAUGUCAGUAACUAUAAAUCUAAACUGAGAAGGCAUGAUAAGAAAGAAACACAAAACAUUGAAGUGAAGCCUGAAUUGAAACUGGAAGAUGAUAAAGAUGUCACGAUUGUAGAGGAGCCAAAAGAAAAAAAGAUGGUGGAUGAAGUUAAAGAAGAAAAACCUCUGGAACAGGCUGAAAUGAUUGCAACUAAAGAGGAAGUGACAGUUGUCGAGGAUGAUGUAGACUCACUGGGUGAGGAGGUGGAUAAACCAAUACAAAGACUUGUGGAUAGUUCUCCACACUCAGACCAAAGUAAUAUACAUGAGAAAAUAGUCAAGAAAAUAAAGGCUGAGAGUUUAGCAAGAAGCACCCCAGGUGAGGAGGGGCCAUUCAAGUGUCCCACGUGCAAGAGGCUGUACAGGACUAAAGUGAGCUACGACUCGCACGUCCGUGACUGUGACUUUGAGGUCAGCACCAGCGAUGAAGACGAGAAGCCCACAGAGCCCAGGCAGUCCAGGAGACUGGACAGGCAGGGUCACAGUGGUGGUGAUAAAUCCUUGCCUCCUUCCACUCCCCCCUUGAAUGUCCCGCUGAGCAUUAUCAUCAGUGAUGAGUACAAAGAUGACAAGCUUUCCCCCUCAAGCAGGGACCUCUCUGAUGACUGCAGCAGUGUCCAGAGUCAGGACUCCAGGCGCUCGUCGCUCAGAAAAAGCACGGUGACUCAAAGAAAUGCUGCUCCUGCCCAUUUAGCUAAAGUGAGAAGAAGAGACUCCAAAUCUACAUUGUCCCCAGACAGCUCAACUUGCUCUUCAUUGCUUUCACCUAAAUCAUACCCCAGACAAGAUAAGCCUUCGCCUAAGGAAACAAUGCUGGAAGCAGUUGGUUUAGUCAGCAGGCGCUCUUUAGAACUGUCCCCUCAAUCAGACCCCGAAACAGUGAGUCCAGUUAAACUUCAGCCCAGGAUUUCUCCAUCAUCUAUGGACGAAGCCCCCAAGCGAGAGAAAAAAAGCCCAGCUCAAGCAGGAAGUAGGCCAAGCAUCAUGGCUGGGGGUCUACCCAAGCCAGGCUCAGCUACACAGAAGAGCAUAGCCAUCACCUACAACCCAGUAGUCCUACAGGAGGUCAGGAUGAGGUCUAACAAACCUAAACGGCCGAGGCUGAAGAGGAUCUGGUGGGUGGAGGCCGAAGAAGCCACUGAUGAAGAGAAGGAUGAAAUGUUGGAUAAAGAGGACGAUGACAGUGGUGAUGACACCGGUGUUGCAUGCAGGACCAGGCAGAGAGUGUCGCUAGAGAACAAGACCCCAGACCACAAGACCUCAGACCACAGGAAACCUUCCAGAUCAUGCAGUGAAAAUUCCCUCACAAAGGAAGAUACUGAAGAACCUCUGCAAGUUUCCCCUUCAGUAGGUAGAAGGUCCAAGUCUUUGGCCAAAACUCCUGACAGUAAACCAGAACAAAUGAAUUCCCCUGAAGAGCAGCUGGAAAAUUUUAAUGUAAGAAGGCUUAGAAACUCUCGUGUUGUUGUGUGUGGUAGAGUAAAUGAUGAUAAACCUGCAGACAAUGAUCAGAGUGAGCAGUCUCAGCAUGUAGGCCAGGCUGGGGAAGAUGAGAACCUCUUGUCACCCCAGGGAGAAGUUAGAGGACAAGGGGAUGUCACCCACAAGUCAGUCAACAGCCAGGAGGUGGAACUAACACAAGGGACUAGUACACACAUUGAAACAGUUGAUGAUACAAUCACAGUUGAUGUCAACAAAGAAGAAAAAAGUGAAUCAACACAAAGGCAGGUUCUUGAAGGAGAAAUUUGUGAAUCAGCUGAUUUACAACCUUCUCAAGAAGAAAGUAGCGAAUUAUCCCAAAAACAAGCUUGUAAUGAAGAAAGUACUGAACUAUCCCAUAUAGAUCUACAAAAUCACAUUGAAGAAAGCAAUGAAAUCUCUCAAACACAGGCUCACAAUGAAGAAAGUAGAGAAAUAUCCCAAACAGACAUUCACAGUAAAAUAAAUGAAGUUUCUCAUGUACCGACUACUAACAAAGAUGACCUUGAUAACUCCACCAAUGAACCAGCUGUUGAAGAAGAUUGUGGUACUACCACUACCAAGCAAGAUAUUAAAGAAGCUGCUAACAAUGUCCAGGGUGACAGUGAAGACAGCAAUGAAGUCAGUCACUUAGAGACUUUCAAUGAAGAAAGUGCUGAAGCCUCCCACUUACAGACCACUGUUGCGGAGGGAGUAGAAGCUGACGAUGUACUAGAUCGGAGCUGUGAAUCUCUAGACCUGUCUCACGAGGAGAAUGCUGACGAGAAGUUCACCUCACCCCUCAGGAGGAGUAGGAGACCCCCCAGCAAAACUGCCAAGCUGAGCGAGUAUUUGGCGGAGCUGAAAAAGGAGGAGGUGCAGAAGAGAGAAGAGGUGCAACAGGUCAGACGUCGAGGGCGAGGGAGGGGGAGUUUGAUGCCUCAGGUGUCUGGUACCCGAAGAGGAAGAGGUAGACCUAGAACCAGGCCACUCAUACCCCCUGCUGAACCCGUACAAAAGCCUUUUUCAUGUAGUCAGGUUGGUCGAAAAAGAGGAAGAAAGCCGUUGAACAGGCCAAUGAAUUUUCAGACUAACGUUGGUCACAAGGAUGAUCCAAUACAAGUUGAAGAGGUGGAACCAUGUGAUGAAUAUGGAAGUAACUUUAUAGAUCUGACAGAGGAAGUUAAAAAUGAACAAAAAACAGCAGAAAGUAAAACGGUGGAUGGAAAUAAUCUUGGCAGUGACGCUUUACAUUGCAUUGAUCUGACUUUAGACAAUGGCGACAAUGCACAAACCAGCUCAUCUGACUCUAAAGGAGACAGCAGCAAUUCACAAGAGAACGGACAAGGUUCAACAAGUGUAACAACAAGCUCAGAUGUGUCCUCCACUUCAUCGUCUGCUGGCCGUGGUGAUUUAUCUGUCAAAGAUGAUGACGCUGGGGAAGCCCCACCACUGGUUAAAACUUUGGCGGAUGCGUUGAAAACCGGUGGUCAGAAACUCCGAAUCAUAAUCAGGUCACCGAAUGUUGUUGCUGCGCAGAAGAUUGGCGAGCUGAUCAAGAAAACUGCCAUGUCCAUCAACUCUCAAGCAUCUGAAAUCAUUGUCACCACAGCCGACCCAGCCAAAGAUGAUUCUUCAAGUAAAGAUGAUGAAAAAAGUGAAGUGGUACCACCAGAGAAUACAUCAGCUGAUCCGCAGGAUGGUUCAGAUGGUUUAAAAAGUAGGGACGAAACGCCAUUAGUUUCAAGGUCAGUGACCCCAGACUCUAUCUCAGCAGCGUAUGAUAUCCAGAGCGAUGAUUUCAGUUCCGAGACAUCCAAUGAUGUUGAUGACUACCCAGCCAGUGCCCAGGAGACAGACAGCUCAUCUGUGAGCAAGAAUCAGGUCCCCGCAACAGAUCAGCCUGCUAAAAAAUCCCAACAGGAAGAAGACGACGAUGAUGAUGUGGUUAUUGUAAAAGCAGUGGGGCUUCAGACGCCAGAUAAAAACAUGUCCCUGAGUGCGCCAGAGACAACCUCAGCCGCUAAAGCUCGGGAAGUGCCCGUGUCUUCUCCAUCAAAUCUGAAAUUUGCUUUGCCGAGGAUAUCAGACUCCAACAGUACCCAUUCCAUGUCCACACUGUUCAAGUACAUGAACCCAACCACACAGCAGAACAUUCUGCCAGCAACUUUUGCACCUGAGCAUAGACAAACUAGUCAUUUUACAUCCCAGACAAUGACCCUGAGCCCCACAGGGCAGACUGUGAAUCAGAUAAUGAACAUCCCACACAGCCAGCUGUCUCCUCCUAGGAAUAAUCUUGUCUUGUCUGAAGUCUCCCCUGGUCAUUACAUUAUUCAGAGAACAUCAAACCCCAGGACAGACUUGCUUCAUCCACAAGACAUGGGGCAACAAGGGCUAAUGCUUCAAAACCCAGCCAACCAACCUGGUAUGAUUUUACAAAAUCCUGGCCAACCAGGAAUUAUUUUUCAAAAUCCUGGCCAGCCCAUGCAAGGCACCAAUCAGUCUGUCUUGUUUGGUGGCAGCGGUACAUCCGGACUGAUGCUACAGCAGGGUAACCCAACCAUUCUACAAGGACAGGCACCACUGUUGCAGGGAGGGGCCCAGGCUGGUCUUUCUUUUAUUUCACUAAAUCCUAACAACCCAAUGGCAUCAACGAUCAUAUCCCCUCUCCAGCCACUUCAGUCCCACAUCAGUCCCCCGUCUCUCCUUCAGACCAACAUGGGACUGGCUCCCAUCAUGCAGGCUGUCACCCUCUCAGCCACCCAGCCCUUAGUGCUCGGACAAUCCUUCCUCACCCAGAGUGGCAUGUUUCUACCCCAGCUGGCCACUCAAACCAUGGUGGCUCAGCAAACUGGACACAUGGACUUGGUCAGACAGCCGCCUCCCACCAGACCCUCAUCCAUCAUCAUUGAUCCCCAUGCUCAUAUGCUCUCCUCCAACUUGAACCAAUCUCUUCUCAAGACCACCUUACAGCCGAACCAUUCAGUCAACAGGUUCAGCUUACCCACCUCCACGCCAGCCCCCAACCCAGAGGUCUGUAUAACCCAGCCCAGCAGCGUAGCCACAGCCAAGUCGGUGGCGUCUAUCCUUGCAGCGCCAUCUGCCUUGGCCACAAAUGAAACAUUUUCCUCAACGCAGCUCUCCCUGGCCACUCAGAACAAACCCAGUGCAGUCCUGGCUCCUCGUGUUGAAUGUUCCGCCGCACAGGUCAACUACAUGGGCACGCUUGACCUGAGCUCCUCCAGCUUCCAGUCUGCUGUUAAAGACCAGCCAUUCAGUCACGACGCGUCUCAAACGAUUCUUGGUUUAGUACAGAGGGCUUUGAAGAACAAAGGCCAAGAACAGAUACCCGGGGUGGAAGUCAAGUCCGCAAUUACCAACACACCCCAGGGCCCUAAGAAAGUUUUACGGGUUUUUAUUAACGAGGAGAUACUUCCUAAUAACAAUCAGUUUAAACCUCCUACCUCUGUUGCUAGUGUUACCCAAGACAGCACAUCCUCGAGCACUGAGUACCCUCCAACGUCACAAUGCCCCUCAACUUCACAGGCUAACCUGGAGCCACAGUGGACCAAAAUUUUGCCCACGCAAAGCGGCCCACAAAAACAAGAGGAUCAAAUAAAACCUCAGGAAGCCAAUUUGUGGUCGGGCACGAACACGGGCUACAUCUCAAUACCCAUCUCCACAGGCAACAAACCACAGACAAAGUCACCUUUUCGACGUGCACUUAAACCAUCCCUACCUCUACAGAAUUUUAAAAGGAAACUCAGUUCCAACUCACUAGACGAUGCCCCUCCAGCCAAAUGUCCGAUAUACGACAAGACAAUGAAGAGUGAUGGGACGUAUUCCUGCACCCUGCAGCAAGUUGUUGGCCGAAGCAUUGUCCCACAGAGUGACUCUGUCACUACAGUCAGUGAAAUAAAAGCACUUCUGUCCAACAAGCCAGUGGAUGUGAGGAGUGAAACUGUUGUACCAUGUGAAGGCUCCAACAGUGAACGCCCGACUCACCACAUAGCCCAGCAGGAACAGCAUCCCUUGAGCUCACCACACAAGAGGGCUAGCUUCCCUGCCACAUCCCAGAAGGGUCAGAGUUCAUCACAGGCCAUCAAGGGCAGGGCUAGGAAGCAGAUAAUGAAGAAAUCUUCACUGAUGAGUGAACCCCAGGGAUUUGGCUUUAAACCUCCUCAGGUGGAGAUGAGAAAGAAGGCAGCUGGUCCCCGAAGGUUAAAAACAGCAAGCUCCCAAGGAAGCCACCACCCACUGAUCCACCACAAAAAAGGCCUCAUAACACUGCCCCAGCCAACGUUAGAGGAAGAAGUGGUGGCUACACCAUUAGACCAAGGGAAAGACCACCCACACGGACCUGGUGGCAAGGGAGACAAGGAGAAGUAUGAGAGCAGGUUGAGGUUUGAGAUCAGCAGUGAUGAUGGUUUCUCUUGUCAGGGUGAUACAGUGGAAGAUGCCUGGAACCAGGUCUUGGAGAAAGUGCAAGAUGUUAGAGCAGCGUCCCGAAUGAAACAGCUAUCCUAUGCUGGAAUCUGUGGGCGUAGCAUGCUGGGCAUUGACCAUGACGCUGUUGUGUACCUGAUAGAACAGCUGUACGGAGCUGUCCACUGCCAUCGUAACUACAAGUUCAAGUUCCAUAAGUACGACUUGGACCAGGCUGAUGCGGAGGUGGCCUUGAACCCCACAGGAGCAGCCAGAUCUGAAGCAUUCACAAGUCGUAAACCUUUUGACAUGUUCAACUUCCUCAAGUCUGUGUACAGAACUAAACCGGGAGAUGAGGAGAGGGAGAAGGAGGAAGAGAUGACUUUAAAGUCAUCCAGACGAGCCACAAGUUUAAGUCUGCCAAUGGCCAUGAGGUUCAGAAAGCUGAAGACCUUCGCCAAAGAAGCCGUGGAUGUGUAUCGCUCCAAGAUCCAUGGGCGAGGCCUGUUCUGUAAGAGGAACAUUGAUGCUGGUGAGAUGGUGAUUGAAUACGCUGGAGAGGUCAUAAGGGCAUCCCUCACUGACAAGAGGGAGAAAUAUUAUGAAAGCAAGGGUAUUGGCUGCUACAUGUUCCGUAUUGACGACGAUGAGGUAGUGGAUGCUACAAUGCAUGGGAGUGCAGCCAGAUUCAUCAACCAUUCUUGUGAACCUAAUUGUUUCUCAAAAGUGAUUUUAGUUGAUGGCAAGAAACAUAUUGUCAUAUUUGCCAUGAGACCGAUAAAACGAGGUGAAGAGUUAACUUACGACUACAAGUUCCCCAUUGAGGAAGUCAAAAUACCCUGUUCAUGUGGAUCCAAACGAUGUCGCAAAUACCUUAAUUAACACUUUGUUGGACAAAGCAUCAAACAGAGGAUAUAAACAGCCGAGAGGCCCUUCAUGCUACAUACUUGGCCAUGUGUGGCCGUGUUUUUCAUGUUUCCAGAACAAAGGCCUUUUAUAGAAGUCGAACCGGUUAUCAAAAUGUGACAAAAAAUUGAAAAUAGCCUCAAUACCAGGAUGCUAUCAAAGAUAGUCAAAGGUAUACCAGGCGUAGAAAAUACGAGUCUUACUUGACAAUUAAAUGGUAACUAUAAAUGUCGAACAAAAUAGUGUAAAAUGUAUUCCUUUUUCUUUAGCUUUCAAGUAGUUCAAGCCAAAGACUUUUAUAAAUAGGUUAAAUAUGUCAAAAGAAUUUUCUAUAAUCAAAAACUUGUUUUAAGAAAUUAAAUCAUUCAAAGACUGAGAAAUAAGUUAUAUUAAGUUAAUUAAUAGGUAAGAGAUGUUUAUCCAACUUAAUUUUCCUGCUUUACACUAAAACUAAACAAUGCAAAUAUAAUGUUAGCAUACUUAUGACAGACUGCACUUCAAAAUACAGCAGUUAACAUGGUUAUUUCUGCUAUUUGUUGCCCUCAUGUGUUCUGUUAUUUUUUUAUUUCUCAUGUUUUUUUUAAAGCGUUUGUAUGCAUUUGUCUAUUUUAAACCAUUUGUUCCUUUUAUUCUCGUGAACAUAACAUUUGGUUUUCAUUAUACAAGUAUUGCCAACUGGCAAAUUGUUUAUAUAGCCCCGAUUUUUGGGGCUUAAUGCUUUUAAAUAUUUUUAAAAAAAAAUAAUGAAAUUUGGCAUUAACCCGAUUGUGUAAAAAUAAAUGUUUUUGUUUGUAAAUGCUAAACAAACUUCUACCAGUGUGUUUGUACAGGUUAUAACACUAUAAAUAUUUACAUAUAAAUGAUGUACAUAGUUUUGUAAUUUAUAUAUAUAAAGAGAUGUUACAGAAUGCAGUGUGUAAAUAAUGUUUUCUUCAAGAUGUCCAAGCAAGGACUUCCACAGUAGCUGCUAUUGUUUAUUUUUAAUGGAACAUUUUUUUGUUGCUGUAAAAUAUUCUAUAUUAAAUGGAGGAAAAUAAAACAUGAUUGAUUUUUGA